UAAUUUUGUGAAAGUGGGUAUGGAGGGGCCGAAGUUGCUGUUGGGCUUUAAACAUACUCAGCCUGCUAGUACGUAAUAUUUUUGUUUUCACCCUAAAAAAUGGUUUUCCCGCCCAAGCCACCAUUUCUACUAUUUUCCGUAAAAAUCGGUCACAUUGUUUAUCAUCAUUCAUAUAUGCACAUAAUAAUCCAAAAUUUAGAGGAGAUCAAGGGGAAAGAGAAAUGCAGAAAGAGUAUUAUUGGUGCUACUUGAGAACUAGGGUUACACUAGUUCAUAAUGGAUUCCCCUGAAAAGAUAUCAACCAUUAGCAACACAACUUUAUCUUCAGAAACUGCACAUGUCCAAGACUCACCUGUCUUCAAUUAUAUUAGCAACCUCUCUCCCAUACAACCUGUCAAGGGCGCUCCAGUUGUGCAAGGUUACUCAGGGCUGAAUUCUCCUCCUCUUCUGUUUACCUCACCUCGAAUUAGUGCACACAGUCGAUCGAGCUUCCUGAAAAGGAGCAAGUUUCCUCAACUAUCCGGUGAAGCGUUUUCUGGGAAGAAUGAGGAUUAUAACAAUGCUAUCACAGAUUCAGAUGGCACUGGAGUAUCUGUUUCUCAAUCGAGAAGUGAACUAAGCCCUUCUGUUCAGAAAUUAUCUGAUAAUAAUAUCUCUGUGCACGAGCAAAGCGGGAGUCCCAUAAGAUGUGUGGAUGAAUUCUUAGUUGAUGUUUCGAACUCAGAGUCUGGUAAUCCAUCAAAUUCAACUAACACCAGCCCAAAAGUAGCUGAUGCUAUUCCUCAAUCUCCUAAUAGUGCAGGAGAUUUGAAGGAAUCUGUUGCUAACAUUGCAAGUAAAGAUGCUAGAAAAGAUGAGAUUCCAGAAGAUGCAGCCAGUGUUGUUGUAGAGCAAGCUGAAGAGGACAAUAAGGGAAAGUCCUCAUCCAAUCAGAAAGAUAUAGGGGUUUACAGUACCAAUACUGAUUCUGAUCUGCCAUCCCCCGAUUUAGGCACAAAGAUUGUUGCUGACUUGCCUACUCAUAGGUCAUUGCAUCAUCAUUAUGGUGACCGUAGAAUGGCUCAGCUUUCAAGGGCUGACCACACUAUGUUGGACGAGGCUUCUAAUACACAGAUCAAAUUAUUGGAGACUGCACAUGACUGCAGAAGUGAUAGUGAUAAUAUUAACAAAAUGUCAAUUCCAGAUGAAAGCAUUGUGCAGCAUGAUUCUCAAACCAAGGCUGGUCAGCAUCAAAGCGGAAUACGUAGGCGUUGUCUCCAAUUUGAAGAUGCUCAACAGAAGAUAGUGCCAGCUAGCUCGGGUUCACAGAAUGCUUCAGGUAUUGUGAGCUGCUCAAUAUCACCAGUCAGUUCUGCUAUCUUAGAGGUCGUGGAACCAGUUUCGUCAAAUAGAUCAUCAAGUGCAAGCAGUAGGCCAAUGAACCAACUGGCAUCUUCCUCUGUUAAUUCUGAAAGCUUUACUGUGAAAGUCCCAAAGCCAUCUGGUAUUGGCUUGCACUUAAAUAGUAUAGUUAAUGGUAUGGAAGCUGGUUCUGGUGCAACUGUAAGCGUGAAAUCAACUGAGAGGGGUAACCUGAGCAUACGCGGGAAGAAGUUGUCCAUGAUGUGCUGUCACUCUUCUGAGAAUGUGGAGAGUUGCUUGAUAUCUUCAAAUGUGGUUGGAAGCAAUUUGACAAGUGGUGACAAUGACAGUAAACAUGAAAGUCAUGUGUCAAAUGCAGAAAGUGUUGCUGCUUCUUUGUCUCUUAAUAAUGCAAAACCUUUCUAUGAGGCUGUGCUCUUGAAGCCAACGGAGCAACGAAAACCUUUAUAUGAGACUGUGCUCUUGAAGCCAACAGAGCAACGAAAACCUUUAUAUGAGACUGUGCUCUUGAAGCCAACGGAGCAUGCAAAACCUUUAUAUGAGACUGUGCUCUUGAAGCCAACGGAGCAUACUCCAAGUAACAAAAGGAAGUUUAACUCCGAACAUACCGACAGCCCUAUGGAUUACAAUCAAUCAAGCCCCAAAAAGAAAAGGAAGAAACCCUCAGAUGGCAAUGAUGGCGAUGGGUGCAAACGCUGCAAUUGUAAGAAGACUAAGUGCUUGAAACUUUAUUGUGAUUGCUUUGCCGCUGGAGUAUAUUGUGUGGACUCUUGCUCUUGCCAAGGUUGCUUCAACAGACCUGAAUAUGAAGACACUGUUCUUGAUGUGCGACAGCAAAUCCAGUCUCGGAAUCCCCUUGCAUUUGCCCCAAAAAUUGUGCAGCAUUCCACUGGUUCCCCUGCAAAUAUUUUUGGGGAGGAUGGAUCAAGUUCUACGCCUUCCUCUGCAAGGCACAAAAGAGGGUGCAACUGCAAGAAGUCAAUGUGUUUGAAAAAGUACUGUGAGUGCUAUCAGGCUAAUGUUGGAUGUUCCAGUGGAUGCCGCUGUGAAGGAUGUAAAAAUGUCUAUGGCCGGAAGGAAGAAUACGGAAAAGAUUUGGUGAACAAACAUUGCAUCACUGAGAGACUGGAAAGGUCAGUUGAGGAAAAUGUGGAAAUGGUGACAGCUACAAGUGGGUUAUUGCAAAGUGAUCCAAGAAAUCAAUCCAACUUAACUCCCUUGACACCUUCAUUCCAGUGCUCAGACCGCGGGAAGAAUGCAUCAAAAUCUUGGUUCAAAUCUGGAAAAUACCUUUCUUCACCUGAAUCUGGCCAAGCUAAUACAGCAGCUUAUGGACUGUCCUGUUCUAAGAAUCAUGACAUAAACCAGGAAACUACUAGUGAUAUUCUUCUGGAUCUUGAUACCUUUGGUCAGGAUUUUAAUUAUGGCAAUGCAAAGUUAGCAAAUGAAAUCUCACCUGGGUUUCAUGUGACUGGCAAUAUGGAUGAUCUUUUGGCGCUGCCAAAGUCACAAGAUUGGGCAAGUAAUUCAGGUGGUCAACUGAUUCCUCAAACUGUCCAUUUCCAGGACACGCGGCCGCUAUGCUGGCGUAACUCACCGAUGACCCCUAUGACCCAGUUUGAUGGGAGUGGAAUGAAUGCUCAGGAAUUACUAGACUCUGGUAAGAAGCCAUAUGUGACGGAAGAUGACACACCGGAAAUACUAAAGGACUCUUCUAUACCCCAAAAUGGUGUGAAAGUAAACUCCCCAAAUAAGAAGCGUAUUUCUCCACCUCAUCGUCAUUGGAAUGAGCUUGGUUCUAGCUCAUCUGGAGGAGGCUUAAAAACUGGCCGUAAAUUCAUAUUGCGAGCUGUUCCUUCUUUCCCACCACUUACCCCAUGUGUUGAAUCCAAAGAUGUUGCAGCUCAUAGUACCGAUGAAAAAGGAUAGCAGCAGCAAAUAGCUAACACUACAAGAGCUGAAGGCGUCACAGAGAACUAGGUCUGUUUGGUAAAGAACAAAAGAAGCUUUUUAAGUUAUGAACAUCCUUGCAUGAAUAAUGUCGUUUCAGAGGAAAGGCGUGCAGCAGCUUGGUUUCAUUUGUCCACACAGCGAAGAUGGGAGAGAAAUCCGUAGGUUCCUUUGCUUUCAUAUGAGAACUCUUUUAUAUUUUAGAUAAAAAUGAACAAAAUUUUAGUUUCUUCACCGCGUCUUAUCAUGUAAGGAUUCUUGCAUUACUUUGUACUAGAUUUCAGAUUCUUUGCUUGGCCUAUUUUCUGCCAAGUACAAUAAUUGCUAUUUUACUUGGCUCAUGUUGUAGUUGAUGGCAUUAGGAUGAUUGUACUUCAUAUGAAAGAAGAAUAUUACAAAGCCAA